GCGUGUGAACUGAGAAGCAGACAAUGGUGUGUCAAGAGAGUGGCCUCAAAUGCCGCAACUGAUGUAGAGAGAAUUAGCGAUACAAAAAGGUGACAUUCUUUUAAAUAAAAAAGUGUGGAAGAGUGGAGAGAGUUUGGUGGGUCACGUUGUGAGGGAAAGAAAUUGCUCUUAGUGGCCGAUGUUAGUUUUUGCUCCUCCCAUGAUGUUGAUGCCUUCAACCGUAUGCAGCCUCUUCUGAGUGGGUCACAGAACCACCACCCAACAGGUUAGGGAAGGGAAGGUACAGCACGUAGUUAGAUAGGUUUAGCCAACUUCAUAGUUUAGUGCUGCUUGCUGUUUGAAUGAAUGAAAACUCGUGGCAAACACUGCUUGUGACAAUUGCAACUCUUUAGAGGGGGGUGUUGUUGUUUGGAUUUUGAUCUCCAUUAGGUGGCUUUGGUACAACAAGGUUUGCAGUUGUUGGAAGUGUUGUUUCCGAGGCUUUUAUUGGAUUCAAGGCAAUUGUUUUGCGUGAUUUACCAGUGGUUUCAGUGUAGUGGUUCUCUGAAGGAUUGAUAAGUCGAGAAGGAAAGGAAUAAGCUUAACAAGCAGGUUUUGAGAACACAAGACAAGAGUUUAGUCAUGUCUGUGACAUUACUAUGGGUUGUUUCCUCCCCUGGUAUAGAGGCUUCCCAUUCCACCGGGUUACUUGAUUCUAACCGACAUGUAAAGUUCUUACAUUCUUCGAAGGUCAUGUCCCAUGAUUUUGGGUCAAUUAGAGCGAAGAAGGAUAGGAAGAAGAGUUGCAGAUUUUGCACUUUGAGUACAGAUAUGAAGUAUGCAUGUGUUGGUCAGUCUGGCUUAGAAAGUGCUGGCAACUUCUCUCUCCUAGCGAACGUGCUUGCAAACCCAGCGGCAGGAGAAGUGGCUGUUUCAUCAGAGCAGAAGGUCUAUGAUGUAGUGCUGAAGCAGGCAUCUUUGGUUAAGAGGAAGCUGAGCUCUCCGGGUGAAAUUGAUGCAAAACCAGAUAUUGCUCUGCCUGGGAAUUUGAGCCUGUUGAAUGAAGCUUAUGACCGUUGUGGAGAAGUUUGUGCAGAAUAUGCUAAAACAUUUUACCUGGGUACUCUCCUAAUGACUCCUGAAAGACGAAGAGCUAUCUGGGCAAUAUAUGUGUGGUGUAGGAGAACAGAUGAACUUGUGGAUGGCCCAAAUGCUUCACAAAUUACACCAACUGCUUUGGAUAGGUGGGAAUCAAGAUUGGAAGAAGUUUUCCAAGGUCGUCCAUUUGACAUGUUUGAUGCUGCUUUAUCCGACACAGUUGCCAAAUUUCCUGUUGAUAUCCAGCCAUUUAAAGAUAUGAUAGAAGGAAUGAGAAUGGAUCUUAAGAAGUCGAGAUACAAAAACUUUGAUGAACUAUAUCUCUACUGUUACUAUGUUGCUGGGACAGUAGGUUUAAUGAGUGUUCCAAUCAUGGGUAUUUCACUAGAUUCACAAGCCACAACAGAGAGUGUCUACAAUGCUGCCUUGGCCCUGGGAAUUGCAAAUCAGCUAACCAACAUACUCAGAGAUGUUGGAGAGGAUGCUAGUAGAGGAAGAGUUUAUCUACCACAAGAUGAGUUGGCUCAAGCAGGACUUUCAGAUGAUGACAUAUUUGCUGGUAAGGUGACAGAUAAGUGGAGGAACUUCAUGAAGAACCAAAUUAAAAGGGCAAGAACGUUUUUUGACGAGGCAGAAAAGGGAGUAACGGAGCUUAAUGAAGCUAGCAGAUGGCCGGUAUGGGCCUCCUUGCUAUUGUAUCGACAGAUAUUGGAUGAGAUAGAAGCUAAUGAUUACAACAAUUUCACAAGAAGGGCUUAUGUGAGCAAAGCCAAGAAGUUACUUUCCUUGCCAAAUGCUUAUGCUAGAUCUAUGGUUCCUCCUUCAAGAAAGUUAUCUUCUAUAAUGAAGACAUAAAUUCGCCGCCAUAUAAGUUUAUGUAGAAAAAUGGAUGAAGAGGACCGCAAAAAAUGGAAAAGCACAAUUUGUAUUUAGUUGUAUGUUUCAAUUAAAUAACAAACAUACUACAUGAAAAGUCAUUUAUGGUUUAAUAUUUAAAAGCUAUAUAAUUUUAA